UAAAAGUGAACGAACUUCCUACAGUAUUUCUAUGACUGUACCAGCGAUUUGAAAGUUUCUUCGUACCAUCUUCAUGAAGAAGGUGUUACAUUUCUUCAAGGUUCGGUUUCUUACAUUUCUUACAUUCCGUGAAACGUUCGAGAAAAGAAUUCUUGAAAAAAAAAAAAAGAGGAAAACGAGCAUAAUUAGCCAAAAAUAGGCUUCUUAAUCUUAAAAUAGGCUUUCAUGUUCAACCAUCAAAAUUGCUCGCUCUGACUUUUAAGUUUAAACGAGGGCCAAGUGUUUUAUAAAUACAAAGUAUCAUUCUCAUAAAUUGAUCUUAUCUGUGACGUACGAGCCAUGUGAAACUGGUUUUCUUGGUAGAUCAAGAGCCGACACACUUACUUUUCUGCCAAGCCAAUAAUUAUAAGAAAUAUAAGUGUAAUACUACAAAUAUAACAAAUCAAUUAUACCGAAUGUACAAGGAGAUAGACGAUGUUGAAUCAGAAUUAUUAGAAUGCCAAAAAGAAUGUGCAACUACCGAGAUAGAAAUAUAUAAUGUGAAUCAAUUGAAAAAUAAGGGGACAUAUGUAUUGGAAAAUAUGAAGAGAAGAUACAAUGACUUAGAGGAAGAAUUAAAGGAAGUUCAUUGUAAUUACUUAAAAUGCAUUGAGAAGACAAACAAUGAGACUAUUCAACAGAAAAUUGAUUCAUUAACAUUGCAGAGAGAUAAUUUGAGAAGAGAAUUAGAAGAAUUAAAUAAAGCAGCAGACGAAAAUAAUAAAAAAAUAAUGGCAGUGAAAAAGAUGAUUAAAAUUCAAGAGAAGAAAAAUAUGGCGCUAAUACGAAGAUUGAAAAAAUUUCAGAUAACGCCAGAUUUAAAUGAUAGAGUAAAUAUGAUCCUAACUGAUCCCAGACUUACCAAACAAAAAAAUUCUAAUUAAAAUAAAUUCUGUACAAGUAAUAAAA